AUGUCCUACCCUCAACCAUACACCGGCUAUACAGACGCCAAGUACCACAAACUCACUCUCCCUGCCGAGGGAGUCCUGCUUCUCUGCUUCAACCGACCUCCCGUCAACGCAUGGAACGAUCCUAAAUGGAAUGAGCUUGCCCUCAUCCUUCGUCGAGUCCGUGAUGAUCCCAACGUAUCCGCCAUCGUAGUCGCUGGUGAAGGGCGAUGCUUCACCGCUGGCCUCGAUCUCAACGAGCAAUCCCUAGGCUCUGUCACCUCUGACCUCCCCGACCCCGCCCGCAAAGCCAUUGCCAUGCGAGCCCACAUCCGAGACUUCCAAGAAGCCAUCUCUUGGUUCGAAUACGUCGAGAAACCAGUCAUCACCGCCGUACACGGUGUAGCUUUCGGUCUCGCCAUCGACAUUAUGUCUGCUUGCGACAUUCGUUACGCCACUAAAGAUGCUCGGUUCAGCAUCAAAGAGGUUGACGCAGGAUUAGCUGCUGAUAUCGGUACCUUGCAGCGCUUCCCCAAGAUCGUCGGAAAUGAUUCGCUGGCAAGAGAACUCUGCUAUACUGCGAGGGAAUUCGACGCAGCGGAGGCACGAGAGAUUGGAUUCUUGAGCAAAGUUGUGGAUGGUGGUAGGGAAGAGGUCGUAGCUGAGGCCGUCAAGACUGCUAGUUUCAUCGCUGGUAAGGCACCAGUUGCGGUGAGAGGGACAAAGAUCUUCUUGCUGCACGGAAGGGAUCACACUGUGGAUGAGGGAUUGAAGUACACUACGGCAUUGAACUCGGCCUUGUUGCAGUCGGAUGAUAUGCCAGUGGCUAUGCUGGCUGUUAUGCAGAAGAAGACUCCUAAAUUCGCCAAGCUCUAG